GCCGACCGACGCGUCGCCCCAUCGACUUCACGAGCUCCGAACGAACGAAAGCUGACCCCGACGCAUCGGAAGACACCACGCGAGGCAUGGUAUAGAACAGACACAGGUCGGCGCACAAUAUCGGAGGUGUCAGAGGGUGGAUAUCUGUGCAAAGCAUCGACAACAUGGGCGCCGACACUCCCAAAUCCCCUCCUCGCAGUGAGGAAGCGCAGAAGGCGCAGGAUGCUCAGGACGAAGAGCAAAUCGAGCGGACUCUCGCGACACUCCAGAAUGGCGGAGAGCUGGGCAUCACUAUUGAUGAUACCCCUUUCGACCAGUCUGGGAAGGCCGACGAUGCCCAAGACUUCGAGGAUAUUAGCGACGACGAUCUUCCGGACGAGGAGGAAGGCGAAGGCAACGUUGCCACUUCCAUGUCCGUUCCAGGUCUGACAGAUGACGGAGGUACAAGCAACGACACCGACGACUUGUUUGGCGAUGGACCGUCUUCUCCGAUCGAAGUCCCUGGUCCGCCGUCACCAGCCCCUCACGUUCACGAUCCCGACGACGCCGAUCCAUCACAAUACCGCGACAUCAACUUCGAUCCUGAACCUGGCUACGAAGCUGCCAACCAAGAUCCCGAGAUUCCUGCUCCAGCUGAGACUGCUGAAGAUUUGGUCAAGCAGGCCUGGCCGACUUGGGAGAAGGGUGUUAUUCUGAAAUGGAACGAACUCUUGCCUCCCAAGAAGGCCCGGUGGAUCGAGAAGAAGCCCACUAAGAAGCCAAAGACCCUCAUCUUCUCCAAGCUCACCCUGGAUCUUGCCGCCGAUCAAGAGAAGCUUUUCCGCAUCCCCGGACCCGCGACUGUGACUCGUAAGCAGAGACGCAUCGACGAUGAGUCUAGAGGACUCAUGUCUUGCGCUCCGCAAGAGUCUUCAGACGAAGCUGAAGCUGAAGAAUUCAAUCUCGAGCAAGAAUCCGAUUCGGAAGCAGUGGCGGGUUUUACCCUCCAAGACAUUGAGAUGGUGUGCGAUGACUGGUCCAUCCGUAUUGAGCAGGCUGAGCAAGACUUCCGCGAUCAACAAGCAAAAGAGGCUGCAGCCGAGGCAGCCGCCGCGGCUUCCGUCAAGCGCGCUCAUGAUGAUGCUUUUGACUUUGACUGGGAGGCUGAGUUCAUGGAAGAUGAAGAGCCAAAGCCGCCACCAAAGAAGAAGACGCGUCCGCCACCGCCAAAGGGCUUGCCAGAAAUUCCUCGAUUCACCGCACCAUCAUUCGACUCAUUUGAGGAUGUGACUAAGCGCGCCUCCAAGCGUGUCAUUCUCGAUUUGAACGACCCAUAUCUUCUCCUGGAAGAAGCCGAAUCGCAGCGUGGCCCCAAGCGUCAACGUGUGGAGCAGAAGAUGACGCGCAUGGCGAACGGUCACCUGAGACCUGAUUUAUCUUCCCGUUUCAACAUGUCCAACGACGAUGCGUAUGAGGCGCUCAAGGAGAACCAUCAACACAAGGUCAGAGCAACUCUGGGGAAUCUUGCCGUCGAGCACAGUAUGCCUGCGCUUAAACUGGCAUGGCCGUUCUACAAGGUCAAGCUGGACAUUCGACGAGAUGGAUUCCACCGGCCUCAUUUCAAGUUUGGUAAGCAUGAGCGUCAGACGAUCAGGUUCAGCAAAUUGGGCUUCCAUAAGCGCAAGACCAUGAAGGGAAAGGCUCAUGAGGUCUUCAAAACCACUAAGGACUUGGGCAUAACGGACAACUCGACGGCUGUGCUCUUUGAGUACUGUGAGAGAACGCCACCCGUUCUUUCCAACUUUGGCAUGGGAAACCGUGUCAUUAACUACUACCGCAAAAAGAAGGUUGAUGACGAAGAGACGCCACCGAAGAUGGAGAUUGGUGAAUCGCACGUCCUCUUGCCCGAAGACAGAUCGCCUUUCGCCAUCUUUGGCGAGGUCGAGGUCGGACAGACCAUGCCUACUUUGCACAACCAAAUGUACCGGGCGCCCAUCUUCAAGCACAAGCCGCGGUCUACAGACUUCCUCUGUGUUCGCAGCUCAACGGGCGUCGACGGAGCCAACUGGUAUCUGCACAAGAUUGAUCAUCUUUACGUGGUUGGCCAGACUUUUCCUAGUGUUGAGGUCCCUGGCCCUCACUCUCGAAAGGUUACGAAUGCCUCGAAGAACAGAAUCAAGAUGAUUUCGUACCGCAUGAUGAGAAGGAACGAGCACCAUUUGGUAAACCUAUCAGAGGUGACGAAACAUAUUGCCGAGUCUACGGACGCUCAAAACCGGCAAAAGCUCAAGGAGUUCCUAUCCUACGCUAAGGUUGAGAAAGGACUCUGGGGCCUUAGGAACGGCGAGACUCUGAUGGACGAGAACUCAAUACGAGCGAUGAUCAAGCCUGAAGACGUCUGCCUGAUUGAUGGUAUGCAGUUGGGUAUGCAGAUGCUGGAAGACGCUGGUUUCGACCCUAACAACGUCAACCUGGAGGACGACAAUGAAGAGGUUGCCGAGGAUGAGGACGACGAUCGCACGGGUGCAGGCACUGCCAAGGGUAGUAAGAAGGCUGCCGAGAAGAACGAAGAAAAACUAGCAGACAAGAUGGCGCCGUGGAAAACCAGCAAGGCUUUCAUCGACGCAUGCGCUGGCAAGGCUAUGCUCAAGCUUCACGGACAAGGAGACCCGACUGGCCAUGGCCUUGGAUUCAGUUUUAUCAGAACUUCCAUGAAGGGCGGCUACAUCGAGACUGUCCAGAAAGGUGGAUCCCAUACCACUGCAGCUGACGCCAUGGCAGCCCACCCUGACGCACAACGGAAGGCGAACAACGGCCACGCUUACAACGUCAAGGAGCAAGAGGCCAUGUACAGAAAAGGCAUUCGUGAAAUUUGGGACAAGCAAAAAGACAGUCUGGAGGAUGGCACACAAAAGGACGAUGAUCUCGUGGUCCCUCUGCCGCCAGACGAAGAUGACCGAUUCAACCCCCAACGAGCCCAGACUCCUGCCCAUGCCGACGAAGGGAUGAGUCAAAUUACCGGCCUGACGACAUCAACUAGCCGGAACCAGCGAAAGAAACUCAAGAUUACCCGAGAAGUUCUCAAUGAUCAAGGUGCUGUCGAGCAAAAGGUCAUCAUUCUCGAAGACCCUGUGAUUAUAGACCGUUAUAUCAAGAGAAAGAAGGAGUUGGAGUUGGAGGAUUUCAAUAUCUACGAAGGACGACCGACUGGUGUCGCUGAUGACGACCGCCGUCGUCUGGUUGAGAUUGAUAAGGAGCUUGAACGGCUCAACCGAAACAAGCAGCGACGCAUCGGACGAGAGCAACAAAAAGGACUCCACCGUUCCAAGAGUGGACUCGACGCAGGGUCCCCCGAAGCAGACCGCGCUGCCACCGGUACAACCCGAAAGUGUGCCAAUUGUGGACAAGUCGGACACAUCAAGACAAACAAGAAGCUUUGUCCUAUGCUUAACGGCACGAUGAAGACCGACAACGGCAUCGCAGAACAUGGCGGUUUCGGUACCUACAAUGCCCCAGCUGCUGGAGCCGGUUCUCCCGGGCAAUGAACGACUCGAGACGACGUCGAGUUCGGACGGCGGAAACUGGCAGCUGUCAGAGGCUCCAACGGACCAGACGUUGCAGCGCAGGACACUAAAAUACGGUUGAGACGACAGACUCCGAACAACCGGACGACCGGUAGCUGUUUCCGGCGCUUACCAAUUAAUCAACAGCAAAGGCUGCAGCUGGUCGCUUAACUACCGACGAACGUUCCAGAAUGGGGGAAGAACCCCACCCGCAACCACCCAGUUGCUAACAAUAGGGCUAUGCCAAGCGAUUUCACGCAAGGGGUCAAGGGGUUGAGGCACAAUCAACAGACUGGGAAAGUUCAUGUUGAAGAAAGGCUGGGGUAGUUGCGAGCGUUUGGACCAGAGAAAUCUCAUACAAGAGGUCGGACCGAACAGUCCAAAAUUGGAACUCACCAUGCAAUUCUACAAUCAAGGGGGAAAAGGGUGUGUGUACGAUGACAAAAAAGAAAACAAUCUGAGGGGUGAGCCCUUGGAGCUUUGGGAAUUUGGAAAGGCUUGAUCAACAUUGUCAAAACUGGACGGGGCAGAUUUAAUGGACUGCUCUCACGUCACGACGAGCAAGGGGAGAAAAGAAAUGAUGCCGAAUGGUGGGAAGGAAGGGGGGUUUGGCAAAGCGGUUAAGCAAAGCAUGUAAUGAUGCAUCGGCACGGCGUCUGGUGUUGUUAAGUUUAGCUACAGCCGCGUAAAAGCGUGGGUAGUAGCCAUCUCAUCAC